AUGAACGCCAACUCUCAUCUCAAUAGCGCUCAAUUUAUUGAUGAUGAUUCACUUGACGACUUACCAGCCUUUGAUGAGGUUGAGCUGAUGCAACCUGGAGCAUCCUCAAACAACAGUCCAGAUAUGCGUGAUUACAAAGGAUGUUUGAUCAUGGACACCACUUGGCGAGACACUCAUCAAUCUCUCCUAGCUACCCGUCUUCGAGCCAUUGAUCUCAACAUUGCUCGUGAAACUAGUCAUGCUCUAGCCAACGCUUACUCGCUUGAAUGUUGGGGAGGUGCAACGUUCGAUGUAGCGAUACGAUUCCUCUCUGAAGAUCCAUGGGAACGACUUCGAAAGAUUCGUAAACUAGUACCUAACACUCCUCUCCAAGCUUUAAUAAGAGGAGCGAACGCGGUGGGUUAUACUUCUUACCCCGACAAUGCCAUCUACGAGUUUUCGAAAAAGGCUGUCGAGAAUGGCCUAGAUAUCUUUAGAGUCUUUGAUUCUUUGAAUUAUCUUGAAAAUAUGAAACUCGGUAUUGAUGCUGCUAAACGAGCUGGAGGAGUGGUUGAAGCUACAUUUUGUUAUUCACACCCAGAGUUACCUAUCCACGUUCACUCUCACGAUACUGCCGGGAUCUCCCUUGCGACGAUGCUGCAAUGCGCUGAAUCAGGUGCCGAUGUCGUUGAUUCAAAACGAUCUCGGGACUGGAAUCCGCUACGACGACGUCCAAGCUUUGAAUCUCUACUGGUCUCCAUGCCGAAUGCUUUACAGCUGUUUUGA